UCACCUGCGGCGUUCAUGGGCGAAAUUCCUGGGAGACAGUCUCCAGAUGCUGGUUCUUCUAACCUGUCCUCAUCAUCAGCUUCCCUUCGCUGCUCCACAGCUGGAACACCGAGGAGGAGGCUGCUAAACAUGGCGUGGUUCCUGGUUCUGAGCUCCGUGUUUCUUUGCAAUCUUAUGAAAACACUCCUACCUUCGAUCUCCUCUUUUCUGACUAAGAUGGUACAGAAAGACGCCGAGCAGGAGAGUGAGAUGAGGGCAGAAAUCCACCAGAUGAAGAAGGAGCAGUCCUCCAUUAGCAUGAUGGAUGAGUUUGCAAGAUACGCCAGAUUGGAGCGCAAAAUCAACAAAACGACAGACAAGCUGAAAACGCAUGUGCAAUCAAGAACAGCUCAACAAGCCAAAAUGAAAUGGGUUGUGAACAUUGUCUUUUACAUCCUGCAGGCUGCUGUGAUGAUCUCAUUGAUAUGGAAGUAUUACUCUGAUCCAGUGACUGUGGUUCCCCCUAAAUGGAUUGCCCCUGUGGAGCGACUUGUGGCUUUCCCCACAGGAGUGGCAGGCGGUGUGGGAAUCACCUGCUGGCUGGUGGUUUGUAAUAAGGUCGUCACACUGGGACUCAGUGCCAUCAGCUAGAGAGCGCCGCUCAGGUUUUAGAUGAUGAAAGCUCCAUUUGUUGGCUGGACGUUUCUCUUUCUCACUAAAGUAAUUUAUUAUUGCAACUCUGUUUUGCUGUUGUUUAUUUUGAUUGUAUGGUAUUUUAAUGUUAGUUUCUUUUUAAUAAAACAUGGCUCAUGAA